GCAUUGUUCUUCUGUCCGGUUUUUAGCGCCACCUACCGUACUACUAAGGUGUUUCAUUCCUCCCCCACACACACAACCCAGACAGUAAAAUGUGCCUUCCUGCCUGCAGUCUACCAAGUUUAUUGCUAUCAUAUUUUUGCUGUUGAAUUAAAUAGAAAAGAUAGAAGAGAACCGAAAAUAUCAAUCCCAUCACGAUAGCAUCGGUUCGAUACUGAUGCUAAUAAUGACAUCGAUGCUAUCGACAUUUGGCUCGAUACGCUCACCCCUAGUUGAGUGAUUCCCGCAGACACCACAACAAGCGGACCGUUCACCUUCAAAAAGUCGUUUUUUGUUUGUUCUCACGACGUUAAUUUGGCGCCAUGAGUUCGGGCGCGGUGUUGUUGAUAGAGACUGUUGAUUUCGCCGCUAGAAAACAUCGAAAGCAGCGUCGUAAAGACGAAGAGGGGACGCCGUACAUCAACCACCCAAUUGGAGUUGCAAGGAUUCUCAGCCAUGAAGGUGGUGUCACAGACAUUGAGACUUUACAAGCUGCUCUGCUUCACGACACUUUGGAGGACACCGACACAACACCCGAAGAGCUGGAAACAAAGUUUGGACUGAUUGUUGCUCGCAUCGUGCAGGAGGUGACAGACGACAAGAGUUUGCCUAAACAGGAGAGGAAGCGUUUGCAGGUGGCACGUGCUCCUCACUGCAGCCACCAGGCCAAACUGGUCAAACUGGCUGACAAACUGUACAACCUCAGGGAUCUGAACUGCAGCACGCCUGUCGGUUGGACAGCUGAGCGAGUGCAGCAGUAUUUUGUGUGGGCUUCUGAGGUGGUGAAAGGCUUGAAAGGCACCAACUCAGCUCUGGAGGAAAAGCUGGAUGAGUUGUUCAAGCAGAGAGGAGUGCAGCUCUGAAGAAUCACAUUUUCCAUCAUUUGUAAAUGUUCGAAUUAAA